AUGUCUCUACUCCAACGUGCCGUUCUCAGCCUCAUCCGCGAGUCCAAGAACAAGCAAGCCCGCCACAUUGAGCAGCAUCUCUCUCACCUCGAAACCUGGGAACAGCUCCAGCUCUUGAAGCAGCUACUAUGCAUCCGACCGCCACAGCCGCCUCUGCCAGCAGAGCUACUAGCAGAUGUUGACAGCAUUCUGACGCGUAAUCGCAACCAGCGAGUGUUCACCCGGGCUUCUUCAAUACCAGCCAAAGCGAUCUUGGAGCGGCCAGGGAGGCCAACAAUCCAGAUUCGACUCUGGCAAGGAGACAUCACAGCACUAGCCGGCGAUGUCACAGCCAUCACCAACGCCGCCAACGCUCAGCUGCUCGGCUGCUUCCAGCCAACCCACAAAUGCAUAGACAACGUUAUACACUCGCUCGCAGGCCCGCGGCUACGGCAGGAGUGCUUUGAAGCAGUGGAGGCGAGAGGCAGCGAUCUUCCCGUAGGCGAAGCGGUCGUCACAAAGGGAUGCUGCCUGCCUUCUUCACACAUCAUACACACCGUAGGCCCGCAGCUUCAGAGAGGCGCCACACCCUCGCACGAGGAGGCUCAGCAGCUCCGCCAGUGUUAUGUCUCUGUGCUUGAGCAAGCGGAGAGCCUCCCGGCUAACACAGAUGGGUCGAAGCGAGUUGCGCUGUGCGGCGUGUCAACCGGCCUGUUUGCUUUCCCGACAAGCGUUGCGGCGGAGAUCGCGGUUGACACUGUCACGGCUUGGGUUGCACAUAACGAAGACACAGCACUCACAGACGUUGUUUUCGUCACGUUCGCCGACGGCGACCACGACAUCUACAACCGCCUUCUGUCCAACGUGGGGAAGCCGUGGGCGUCGCCGAGCGCCCAUCCGCCUCGGAAGAGCCCAGCGCAAGUCCAAGGCCGCACGCUGGCAACGGCGCGAAGUUGGCUGCACGCAGCGGACAAAAUCGUCGUCUCAGCAGGCGCCGGUUUCUCCGCCGCCGACGGCCUCGACUACACCUCGAAAGCGCUGUUCGCCGCGCACUUCCCCUCCUUCCUCGCCGUGGGCCUCGAUACACUGUACAGCGCCAUCGGCUUUGAGUUCCCCUCGGAAGAAGAAAAAUGGUCAUACUACUUUACUAACAUGCGCAUGGUCUGCUCUUGGGCCUCGUGA